GUAGCAGACCCUGAUAGAAACCUGGAGAGAGGAUUUUGGGUCUGGGGUAUGGGCGGCAAGGAGUGUUUUUGGUGCUGUGAGCAAAAGAAAUUGUUUCUUGCUGUUCGAUUCCUUGUGCGUUUGCAGCCACAGGACUUGGGACGGUCUUUGUAUAUCAACAGACCUGCAGCCACGGAAUACCUGACUGCCAGCAAUUGCUACUCCCAGCUGGAAUGUCCCGGGGGCCCCCCAUACUUCGACUAGCCCCUGGGUUCAAAAGGGACAACAUUGUACUGUAGGGGGCCCUCCCGUGGUGGUCUCUGGUGAAGAUGACAUUUCUGCUGAUCACCUUGACUUACUUUUGCGCUCACACAUUGAUGGACAUCCCUCAGGUGACUUGCCAGCCGGUGCUGGACAUGGCAUUUGAUGCUUUUGAUGACCAGUAUAUUGGCUGCACAGAAGACAUGGAAAAUAUAAUCAAGUCUAAACUGCUGCGGAAAGAGAAGUCAAUGCACAAGGUGUUUAGCAAAAGAUGGGAAGCUGCGAAAAACCAAUGGAAUGAGAAGAAGAAAAACCUCUCUCUGCCUAAAGAGUUUAAGGAUGAGAAUGGAAUAGCAAUCCUGGCCUAUACCAGUGGAAAUCAUAUACCUCUGCACAAGGAGUUCAACAAAGCUGUGAGAGAGGCUGGUAAAUCCCGAGCAUAUUAUCUCAAACAUUUCCCAUUCAAAGCCCUUCAUUUUUAUUUGACCAGAGCAUUGCAGCUCCUGAAGAGAGACUGUGCUAAGAUGUACAAGACAGAGGUGUAUAGGGGAGUCCAUUCUCUCCGCUACAAAUCCGUGGAGAGAGAUAGCAUGGUCCGGUUUGGGACAUUUACCUCUUCAUCUGUAGACAGGAAAGUAGCUCAGAAAUUUGGCUCUGCCACAUUCUUCACCAUCCGGACGUGCUUCGGGGUCCCCAUUGCAAACUUCUCUUAUAUCCAAGCCGAGAAAGAAGUGCUGAUUCCUGUCCAUGAGAUAUUUAAGGUGUCCAGCUUCACCCAGGACAAGAACAACAACGCAUUUGUCCUCCACAGCACAAACCGGACCUUCAGCCGUUACAACUGCGCCUACAUAGCAGGAAAGAAAGGGCGAGGGGGGGCCUAGCGCUUGGAAGGAUUUCACGCAUCCGGAGCACUUCGGGCUGGGCGUGCCGAAGCAGAGGCAGAAACCAAUGUGAAAUGUUUGCUUUGCUCCUUUUCAGUCUCUUGUGCAGCCCACUUGUGUUCCAAUAUGCUAUUAAACAGCCAGGGCUUGAUGGGUAGUAACGGUGUUAAGCUGACCCUUCCCCAGCUUGGGAACUUGCAGCCUGCCAGUGAUUUCUCAACAGAUCACCACUAGAGGGAAUGGGAGAUCUUCCGCUGGAUUCGCUUGCUGCAUUUACAGCCAAAGCCUCCUACUUUGCGGUAUUUACUGUGUCCAUCUCAUUUAAUAGGUAACUCUGAACCCCGGCUUUAUGUCAUCUGGGUUGCAGACGUGAGCAGCAUGUUGUCUGUUGGGAUGGUUUUGCUGUGCUGAGUUGAUGUUUGAUGCAACUUGUUUAAUAAAUUUGCUAUAAUUAAUGAGAA